GGUGCGCUCGUCGAGGACAGCAUGCUGGCCGUGGUGUCAUCGUCCGACCUGGUGCCAGGGGACGUGAUUCUAGGCCGCUGCGCCGCGGACGAUCUUUGGCAUGAGCGAGUGCUGUGCUGGGCGCUGCCCGUCGACAAGAGUGGUGCCGUGCAUUGGGUGGUGGCAACACCCGACGGAGACAUGUAUGUGGAGACGAUCGAGGGGGGGAGUCCCGACGACAGCCCUGUGGAAUGGAUCCGCCCGGCGACCGACGGACGCCUCCCUGUUGGUUUCCAGGACGCCGUGUACUCCUUCCAGCGAGGCGAGAUCGACGGGGCCCUCUUAGAGAAGUGCGUGAAGAAGGGUGCCACCAUAGCGUUGAAGGACGCCAGGGAGCACGGCGAGUCCCCCGUCACCAUGACCGUGGCCCGGGCCCCGGGCGGCCGCAGGGUGCCGAUCGAGGAGGUCGUAGGCGCAGGGUUCGUGCAGCCGGCGCUACGUGACGGUGCCCCUGACGGCGCAGACGCGGGAGGAGCCGUGGUGGCAGGGACUGCUACGCCGGGGACCGGCGUGUGGCGCGUGGUGGAGGAAGGCAACUCGUUGGGCUACGACGUGGGCCGUGAGGUGAAGCCCGUGACGGUGUAUAUCGGCUGCAAGGGCGUCUACUCGCCCGACGGCAAGGACUCAGUGUUCGUGGAGUUCAGUGACGAGGACGAGGGCGACUUCGUCAAGAGGGUGGCACCGCGACCCCCGCCCAAGGAGUCCUCGGCGCAGGAUGCGCGCACGCUGGCCAUCAAGUUCAACCCGCAGGGCCGUAUGCGAGACUGGCGUGAUGUGGUGGAUAGCUGCCAACAGGAGGAGUUCGAGGACUUCCCUGUGAGCGGGCCCCGCAGCAUGAGCUGGUGCCUGCACUUCUUACGACGUCGGCACACCCCCCUGGACCAUCAUCUGAUGUUCCGCAGCACGUGCUCGCUGAAGCCUGAGCAGUGGGGGGUGGCCGAGCACGCGACCUUGCUUCGCAUCAUCGAGCUUGCGGGGCAGUAUGACCAAUUGGAUGUGACGAACCUGGCGUGCAUGGAGGCGGCGGCGCGUAGGGUGCAGACCAUCGAGUGGGCCUACCACGAUAAGAUCAGGGAGACGGACGCAGGGUCCACCUCGCGGCUAUCCAUCGAGGAGGCCACGGCCUUCUCAGGCCUCAGCCGCGCGGGGGACUUGAUGAUGGUGGCGCCCGCUCUCCUAGAGCACGUGAAGUUGCAAGUAGAGAAGGACGCGGCCAUCAUGAAGAACAUCAGGAAGGCCAAGGAGGAGAGGGAGCUGAGGAGGAAGGACAACAAGGGCAACAACAAGGAGAAGGGGCGUCGCAUCCUGGGGCGCCAGGCCGUCGCCAGCAUAGCCAACCAGGCGAUCUACACCCUCAGCGACUUGGCAGGCGGCGAGCGGGGGUCUUCCGUCUCGCAGCCUGGCGAGGGGCGGGCCCCGCACGGGGCUGUGCAGCGACGUGUAUAUGCGGCCGCCGCGGCGAUGGGCCCGCCACCUGCUCUUUCGCCCUCGGGGGCCCUGCAGGAGCUCUGGGGGUGCACGGUGUACGAGGACGUCCAGUCCACCGUGGUGCCCUUCGACGAUAUGAAGGCCUCCCUGCCGAUGAGCGGUAAUCGUCCCGUUCCCCUGGCAGAUCUUUUUGGGGCCGGUGGUCAAGCUGAAGUCGACGGGUUUCUUGACUCUCAUCUUCUCAAACUAGAAGCAGCCUCCCACAACCUCAAGGGGGCCCCUCGGGAGACCUACAUGGACGAGGUGCUUCGGAACUCUCCGCAUGAGUACCGGCGGCUGGUCAAGAGGCUCGAGAGGGCCGGGAUGAUCGACUACACCAUCCAGCCGCAGGAGUUUUGUUCGCUCUUUUUCGUGAGAAAGAAAAACGGGAGCCAGCGGCUGGUCGUCGACUGCCGCCGCUCCAACUGUUGGUUCUCGGCCGCGGACCCCGUCGAGCUCAGCACGGGCGCUGGCCUCGGGAACUUAGAGGUGCCGGACGGGGCGCGGCUGUACGUCGGCCACGUGGAUAUCAAGGAUGCCUUCUACCACUUCGAGCUGCCGGAGCGCGUGCGCAACUUGUUCGCGCUGCCGGCGGCGCCGGCCUGGGUGGCUGGCCUUGCUGAGGUGGGCGGCGUGAGAGUGAGCCCGGGCACCCCUGUGCACCCGCGGCUUCGAGUGCUUCCCAUGGGAUGGUCACGCGCACUGUGGGUUUGCCAGACCUUGCAUCGCCGUAUCAUCCAGGAUAUUCCGGGCCUCGAGCCGACCUCGUUUCUACACGACCGAGGGCCAGCGCCUGCGACCACCCCCGCGUGCCACACCGUCUACGUUGACAAUUUUUUGGCGCUGGGCACCUGCCGAUCGACAGUCGAGCGGCUGGUGCGUCAGGUCGAUGAAGCUCUGCAGUCCCGGGGCCUUCCGACACGCGAGGUAGCCACGAGCUCACUGGAGGAGGAGGUUUUUGGGUGGGAAAUCAACGGAAGACUGGGCUUCAUUCGACCGCGUCCAGAACGUGCGUGGCGCAUACGUCUUGCGCUGGACGGCCUGCUAGAAACGAAGAAGGUGUCCGCCCGCGACGUCGAGAAAGUUGUGGGGCACUGCACCUUCCUAGCCCUCCUCUCUCGGACCUCGCUCUCCAUCUUCCGGUCCGUCUACACCUUCAUCGCUCGUCAUCGUGAUCACGGCACCGUGCCGCUCUGGGAGUCUGUUCGCUGGGAGCUCGAGGCCUUCAGGAACGUCAUUCCCUUGAUUCGUCGUGAUUUUGGGGCUCCGUGGAGUUCGAAGGUUAUGGCAUCGGACGCUUCUUUCUGGGGCUACGGCGUCGUCUCACGGGACCUCCCUCCGGACAAAGUUCAACAACUAGGGCGUGUCAGUGAACGAUGGCGGUUCUCGGGUAAGGCUCAGGUCAGAUCUCGUGAAGGGGUUCUGGGGCCCGACGGGGAGCUCGACAUCGGCGACUGGGUGAAGAAGGUGGAGGAGGACAGUCAGGAGAGGGAGGACGCCCUUUCGGAUCUGCCGGAGGUCUUGAAGGAGAGGGGGUGGGCGGUGCUGAUGAGCAAGAAAUGGGGGGUGCCCAUCUCCAACAUCGUUCAGGGAGAGGUCGACGCCCAGAGCGACCACCGCGCCGCGGGGGACAGCUGUGGCGCCGCGAGUGGGCCCGAGGCCGCCCGCGCUGACCUACCCAGUGCGGGGCUGCCCAGUGCUGGGUCGGCGACGGCCGAGGGCGUCCUCGCCGCCGAGCGUGGCGACGGCAGGACAUGCCCGCGGCUGCUGCGCAGCGCUGCCACCCAGCUGAAGGCAGCGCGGCGAGCGCUGCGGCUGCCGAUAGCAGGACGACAGCGCUAUCUGCAGGCUCGGUCCGUCCGGACCGAAGCAGUGCGCCUGCGCUACUCGGAGUUCUUAGAGGAGCUGGACCAGUGGCUCGGGCCCAGCGGCCUGAGUCGCAGGCCGUGCCCGAGCGGCCGCCUGGGUGCUGGGACCGUGGGCCAGUUCGACCAGGACCUGAGCGACUGGAUGAACGAGCAGUACAUGGAGGGCUACGACCACUGGCGCGGGUCGAACAUGAUGGCGGCGAUCGCCUGGGCAGACCCUCGCCUGGGCCGCGUGGGGGGGCACGGGCUUCCCCUUUCGCGGCAGGCGCUGAAGGGCUGGCGACUCCUGACGCCCGCCUCCAGCCGCCUGCCGCUGCCGUCCGAGGUGGUGUUUGCCAUCGCGAUGGAGCUGCUGGUGAUGGACCGCUGGAGCAUGGCCGUGUGCACCAUGCUGUCCCUCGUUUUCCUCAUGAGGCCCGGCGACUGGAGGACAGUGCGCGUCGAGCACCUGACGCCGCCUGCGGUGGGCGGCAGUCGCGGGCUUGCCCGCUGGAGCCUGGUGCUGCACCCGUUGGAGAACGAGGGCAGCCUGCCAAGCAAGACGGGGGAGUUCGACGAGUCGCUGCUGCUGGACCUAGAGGAGGACCAGUGGCUGGCGCCGCUCUGCCAGCGUCUCGUGCUCGGCCGCGACCCGCAGGAGCCCCUGUUCGCCUUCAGCCAGGCCGAGUUCGCGCGGUGCUUCAAGACGGCCGGCGCAAAGCUGCUGCUGCAGCGCCCUCCGCCGCCCUACAUCCUGCGGCACUCGGGCGCCAGCCGCGACUUCGCCGAGCAGCGCAGGACGCUGGUCGGGGUGAAGCGCCGGGGAAGGUGGCGCACAGACGCGAGCGUCAGGCGCUACGAGAAGGGGGGCAGACUGGGCAGCGAGUUCGCCAAGCUGCCGCUCUGCCUCCAGAACCAUGCACGCUGGUGCCUCAGGUACCUCCCCGCGGCGCUCUCCGGAUCGCUGCAGCCACGCGGGUUCCGCGCCCCCUGAGGAUGCGAGUCUUCUUGGAGGUGUUCGCUGGCACUGCUCGGCUUGGCCGAGCGAUGGCGGCGCAGGGUUUUCACGUGUUGGCUUGGGGCGUGAAGUAUGGCGAUCAGUUCGAUCUCACCUCGCCUUCGAAGCGUUCACUGAUUCGCGGGUGGAUUCUU